AUGACCUUACCUAAAAACUCUGUUUCUCAUACUAUAAACACACCACUUGGUGUUUUGAAUGGUAUUUCUUCUAUUGAUCCAGUUUCCGAUAAAAUAAAGAAUCACCGAUUUGCAAAAAUCCCUUAUGCUCAACCCUUUUCACAACACAAUAGAUGGAAAAGACCAGUCAAACUUCCUUCCAACUAUGACUAUUCUGGAAAUUACUAUGAAAUGGGACUUAAAGCACCUCAAUCUCUGAUUGAAGAUGAGAAAUUAUCUAGUAUCUGUGCACCAGGUGAUGCCGAUGAAAAUAUCAACUACUUAAACAUUUGGAUACCUGCUUCAAAGGAUAAACCAGUUGAUGGAUGGCCCGUGUUUAUUUAUAUUCAUGGUGGUUUCUUGAAGUAUGGUAGUCCAGGUAGAUUUCCAGACCCAAAGGAAUUACAAAGUCAUGAUUUCUUAGGUAAGUACAUUAUCGUUUCAAUUGGAUACAGAUUGAACAUUUUGGGGUUCUUAAAUAGUACAGAAUUAUUAUCAGUAGAUAGCGAAUGUUCUAAUCUUGGAUUUUGGGAUCAAAGGUUAGCUAUCGAAUGGGUAUAUGAUAAUAUUAAGUAUUUUGAAGGGAAUAAUUCAAAGAUAACUGUUGGAGGGUUGAGCGCUGGAUCGUAUUCAACCUUCUUUCAACUUGCUUACGAAUUGUAUCAUCCUGAGGUUACUCAAGUGAUAAAGCAAGUGGUUCAGUUUUCCAAUGCAUUUGCAAUGCAACCGAAAACUAUUUCUGAAGUUAACAAGCAAUAUUACGAUGUAUUGGAUAACUUAGGUAUCUCAAGAAAUUUAUCUCCAGAAUUACAGUUGCAGCAGUUAAGAGAACAAGAUGUAAACACUCUUGUUUCAAUCAUCCCAAAGUUGAAGUACCAUACAUUCAGAGCUGUUACUGAUAACAACUUCGUUGCAGAAAGUUUAUUAUCUGAUUUGGUGAAUGGACAAUUCAGUCAACUUUUGAUGAAGAGGAAGCCUGGAUUUAGAAUGGUGAUAGGUGAGGUUGCAAAUGAACCAUACUUAUAUUCUUUAUUAGAUACACCAAUUGAUGAGAUGGAUUUAAAACUUCAGUUGGAGAAUUAUUAUCCUGCAAGAACUGUUCAGUCACUCAUUGAUUUGUACCCUAAAAUACCCCAGAGUUUACCAGAGGCUGAAUAUAGGGAACAGUUACAACACUUGUUUGGUCGCAUUGUUGCAGACUCUCAAAUCUAUGCUUCUACAAGAGGCUUUAUCCAUUGGUUGGUCGAAAACGGUUACCCCAAGGAAAAUAUUUUCCGUUACCGUGUAGGAUAUAGGCAAAAACGUCUUGAUAAGAGUGUUGACCCUAAAUUAGGUGCCAUUCAUGGGUCUGAUCUUGCCGUUUGGUUUUCAGUACGAAGUUCAAGUGAAUGCGAAAAAAAUAUUAUUGAAUCAUUUUUACGACCAUUCAAUAAGAUUCUCAAUUUUGAAGAUCAAAAAUCAAUUGAAUGGGGAACUUUGAGUGAAAAGGAAUACCGUUUUAUUUCACCUGGUGGUGAAGUGAAUAUUGUGUCGGAUGCUGAUUGGGAUUGGGGUGUACAUGUGUCCAAUACUUUGUACCUCGCACAAUCCAGUUAG